AAAAUUUGAGCUUUGUUAAUUGUUGUCCCAUGUUCUGCUUCUGGACAACAACCUCGUGAACGUCCUGUGUUAUUACCGCCACAUGACCCAAUCCUUUUAUCCAACGUCUUCGUUACUUAGAUUCAUUGUCACCCCCUUUGUUUUUGUCUUUUCAAAUCACUGUAUUGAUUCAAGCAGAGAUUUUGUAGGGUUUCUAUUCAUCACCUAUCAUCUUUAGUACAAGUGGAAAAGUGGGUUGCUGCUUUUUGAGCUCCAGAGGUUUUCUCCUGUCGAGUUGGAAUGGAGGGUGGCAAUGGCAAUGAAAGAAGUGGUGAUAUGCAAAUAUUUCAGUCUCCAUUUAGUGCUAUUGGUGUUUCUCAAAUGGGUGGCUCUACUAUGCGUCAAUCUUCGCCUAGUCUUGGUCCUGAUACCAGCAAGAGAAUCGGUGUUCCUCCUUCUCACCCAAAUAAUCCACAGAUUAUGGCCACUCGUUCAGGUUCGCAGAAUUUGAACCGAGGGCCGUCCCAUUCGAGGUCCUUGUCUCAAUCGGCUGUGUUUUCUCUUGAUUGCUUGCCUCCAUUGAGUCCUUUGCCUUGUCUGUCAUCUGGGUCCAAUCAAUCUCCCCCUGCUUUUACUGAUAUUUCAAUGGAAGAUAGAGGUGCUGGGGGUUCUCAUGGAAUACUAUUGAUUCCUUCUCCAGUUACCGGAACUAAUGAUUUACGGGUCAACGAGAGUUUGCCUCCUUGCAGAGGACAUAGGCGGUCAAUGAGUGAUAGUGUCCCUUUAGGAUUCUCUGCGAUUAUCCAGUCUUCCCCUCAGCUGAUACCCAUUGGGAAUCGAGGAGCUUUGGACCGUUCCGGUUGUGGAAGGGAAAAUUCAGGGGUGGAAAAAUCGAGCGAUUUGGUGAAACGAGAAUCGGAGUGGAGUAGGAAUGGAAAUAGCAAUAUAGAUGGGAAAUUUGAGGGAGUGGUUGUGGAUGACUUGUUAAAUGCUUGCAUUAAUUUUGAUAAUAUGGAGACAUUGAACUCUUCUGGGACUGAGGAUAAGGAUUUGGAUAGCAGAGCAAGUGGCACAAAGACAAAUGGAGCUGAAAGCAGUGAUAAUGAAGUUGAAAGUAGAGUAAAAGAAGGGCUCAAGAGAAGUGCUGAUGGAGAUAUUGCAAGGUCUUCUCGUCAUUAUAGAAGUGUUUCAAUGGAUAGCUACAUGGAAAAUUUGCAGUUUGAUAUUGAGUCUCUGAAAUUUCCUCCCAUUGGUUCUGCUACAAACUCAAUGGAUGGGAAGCUGGCCAAGUUCAAUAUGGAGUUUGGAAAUGCUGAAUUCAAUGAAGAAGAGCUCAAAAAGAUUAUGGCAAACGAGAAACUUACAGAGAUUGCAAUGGUUGACCCCAAGCGUGCCAAAAGGAUUUUAGCCAAUCGUCUGUCAGCUGCCCGCUCCAAGGAGCGGAAAAUGCGAUACAUUUCAGAAUUAGAGCACAAGGUGCAGACUUUGCAGACAGAAGCAACCAAGUUGUCUGCCCAGGUUACAGUAUUACAGCGAGAUUCUGCAGCUCUUACAAGCCAGAACAAUGAAUUGAAAUUCUGUCUCCAGGCAAUGGAACAACAAGCCAAACUCAAAGAUGCUUUGAACGAAGCAUUAGCUGCAGAGGUUCAACACCUACGCCUCGCUGCUGCAGAGCUCAGGGGAGAUGCCCAUCAGCAGCUUUCCAUUAAUCAUCAGAUGUUAAAGUUGCAGCUUCAAGAACCCACUCAGCUCAACAGCUAUCGUUUUCAACAAGAACAGCAGAAAGAAUUGCAGCAACUGAGACAGCAACAUCAGCAUAAUCCUCUGCAAUCUCAACAGCAGAAGAGUUAGGCUGCUUAACCAUUGGAUGUUUGCUCAUUCUAAUUGCAGAUUGUCUGAUCCUGAUCCAUUAGCUCUUCUUCUUCUUCUUCUUCUUCUGUUUUUUUUUGUCCUUGUGGGGAAAAUUUUGUUACAUUGGGCUUCCUUCUCUGUUUAUUCUGGAACCCACUUCCACUACAGAGAGAUUUUUCAUAAGUGUCAUGAAUGUAAUCAAUUUCUCAAAUGAUUACCAUGUAAACUCUACCAUUACUUUGUAAUUUUACUACAGCAACAUAUUUAUAUGUUAAAAUACAUUUAACUGAAUUAUUAUGUAAAUUGUUUUAUUUUAUUAA